AUGGAUCGGUUUACUAUCAACUCCCAGCUGCAGCAUCUGCAGAGCAAAUAUCCUGGCACCGGAAAUGCAGACACAACGCGGCUGGACUGGGGAACUCACAUUCAGCGGGAUACCUUGGCGUCACAUGUGGGACACUACAGCAGAUUGGCUUAUUUCGCGGUGGCAGAGAACGAAAGCAUAAAGCGGAUACGCUAUAGAUGCCUCGGUCAAAUGAUUCACCCCACGGGGGUAGUGGAUAGUGAAGGGGACGCUGCUGCUGCUGCUGCUGAUGCUGCUCCUGCUGCUGCUGCUGCUGCUGCUGCAUCGGGAGAAGCAGAUAAGGAUGCUGCAGAAGCAAAGGGAGAGGGAGAAGCAGCAGACAAAGAAGAGGAGCAGCAGCAAGACAAAGACAUGGAUAUGGAGGCAGACGAUGACUAA